CAGUAUACUGUGCACAGUGUAUUACACACGGAAUGUCCCAAGUCAACUGUCCAUUUCAUCCCCCGGUACAUCGCUCGUUGAUCAGUUGUUUUCUAUUAUUCCCAUCGCUAAUCUCCGAAAUUCAAUUGCAAUUCCCAACCCAUGCUGAUCGGUGAUCACUGAUCAGUAUAACUUCGUAGUGUACAACAGCCGAUCGUGCGGCAUUUAUGGCUGCCGGCUGACUCUUAAAAAUAUCUUGAUAAUUGUGGAGUAUCGGAUAAUCUUCUCCCUCCAAAACAUAUCUUCGAUGAAUACCUACAAAAUGGACUAUUCCUAUUUAAAUCAAUCAGCAUAUGAUACAUCCGGCAUUCCCGGCAUGGAUGCCAACAUGGGAUUGUCGUGCAGUUAUAACGAUUUUGGCGGCAAUGCCGCGCAAAUGUCAUCGGCAGCAGCGUAUCGGUACAACACAACGGCCGCCGCCGCCAGUGUCUCCAUGCGCUCAUAUCCGGGUUCAGCCAAUUGCGCCAUGGUUGGAGCGCCGCGUGGACCGCGUGACAGCGUUUUUCCAGCAGGAUUAUCCUCUUAUAAAAUGUAUCCCAAUCAUCACCAUCCAGCGCUGCAGCACUCGAUGCAUUCGCACACACAUCAGCCGCAGCAUCCAGUGCAUCAUCAUGUAGCCGGUGACAGUCAGGCCGGGCAACUGCUGCCGAAUGAAAAACGGAAACAGCGUCGUAUUCGCACAACCUUUACCAGUGGACAAUUAAAGGAACUUGAACGAGCAUUCCAGGAAACUCAUUAUCCUGAUAUCUACACUCGCGAAGAGAUUGCUAUGAAAAUUGAUCUGACCGAAGCCAGAGUGCAGGUGUGGUUUCAAAACCGUCGUGCGAAGUUUCGUAAGCAAGAGCGGCACACAAAAAGCAGUACUACUGCCAAUGGAAGCACCACCUCCGGAAUGUCAUCGCCCGUCUCCGAAGACGAUACCAAAGACACUUCCAACCCUAACAAUUUUGCGAAAUCUUCCACCGGCGAUUCCGAGUCGCAGGCAGGAACAUUACAGCCCGAUGCCUCAACAGCAGCCACAAUUUCUGUUAUUAAAAGCACCGGAAACGAUAAACAUACGCUGCAAUCCGGACAACCCUCCCGUAGUAUUAAUGAUUCUUGCACCCGAGACGUACCCGCGUUGAUUAAGAAUGAGCAAGGAAACUCUUGGAUGAAACCGCUUCCUGCAAUAUCUACAUCAUCCGCUAGCGGAACCAUACCAAACACAAAUCGCAAAUCCGAUCCGCGAAUGCACAACGGAGUUUUAGAAAACGACAAUUCACGCUCUUCUUUCGCAGCCCUGAUGCAGAGCGGCGCAUCGUACAUCGGUGUAGAAUCGACUUCCUCUGCAAAGCUGUCCGGUUUGUUUGGAUGUUAAUGAAAAACUUUUUUUGAGUUUCCUUUAAAUGUCACAUGUACUGUAAAUUUACUCUAAAUAAACACUGAAUGGUAAUACGCAUCUGUUUGAGUUGAUAUCGACUCCUUGUCUACUCGUAGGAAAAUAGGUAAGUGCUUCCCAGGUUUGGUUGCAGAUUGAAUUACUGAUAGUCAGUUUCGAAAUCUGUACUGUAAAAACUCGUGUACGUACUGUUCGUUCCUAUCGAUAACAGAUUGAUUUUUGUUCUGAUAUCGCACUGCGCAAGAAUAAAGGCAGCGU